AUGGUAAGAGUUGGCAAAAUAGCGUAUUAAAACUUUAAACUAUUGUUUUAGCUCAUCUUGGAUAAGACUUUGGAUGAAUUAAGAGAAAUAAUACACAAAAUAGUGCUAUAUCAAUUUUCAAAAGUUAGUUUGGUUUUUUCUGAAGGUAUGUGAUUUGUUUCAUUUUGUUUUAUGUUUAGUAAAGAACAAUGGAAGCUUGAUAAUCGACGGAUGUUGACUUGGAUCAAAGAAGUGGUUAAUCAACUGCAAACCUUGUUUUUCAUUGACUUUGAUACAAGAAGGAAGUUAAAAAGGAGUGCUACGUUUAGUUCUGAAAGGUUUAAAACUUCUGUGACAUUCGCGGACGAGGAUAUUACGCAUAAACGCACUUGUGAUGUUAAGGUAUAUAGUUAUUGAUAAUUUUUUUUAUAAUUUUUCUAACAGAAUUUUUAGAGACUCUAAUUUAUUAGUGUAUUUUAAGAAUUUGGUUUUAAAUUUAUUUUUAUAUUUAUUUAUUUCCAGUCAUGUAGUCUCGCACCUCUAAAUCAUAUUAUGUUAAGCGAUCAGUUUAUUGAUACUGAUUUCACUGUAAAACAAGGAAAAGCGUUUAAAACGGAUAGAGAACGAUUUCUUCUUCAUUGCGAUGCUCAUAGUCAAGUUUGCAAAGUGAUUUAUUAUCUGGAAAACAUGGAGUACAACAUUUACAGGAAUUGUCAACAUUGGGUAGGAUAAUAUAAAACUUUAAUGGUAUUUUCGAAAAGUUUGUAUAUUUAUUUCUAAAAUAUUAAGUUUUAAGGUAAAACAUGUUUGUUUGGUUCUGUUUUUAGUUAUAUAAGUAAGACGUCUUUAAAGAAAUUAAAGCUUUCUUAAUUUUAGAUAACAAAAAUUGGAUCAAAAAAGUUUGAAAUCAAUGGAAAAAUUGAGAAUGCUGUGAUUAGAGGACUUGUUGAUUAUUACAUCAAGUUGUUUAUUGAAGUGGACAGCUUGGACAAGGUUUAUUUGUCUGCUUAUCGUUCUACCUUCAGUUGUAUACCCACGUUGAAGGUCAUCUACGAAAACUGGGUGGAUUAUGUAAAGACCGUGAAGAGUAUUAGAAUAAGGUCUAUUUUGGACAAUGAUAAGGAGUUUCAGAAAUUGAAGGACAAGAAGUUUAAGACAGAGUACGUUGAUGAUGGUUCAGAUGAAGAUAUGGAUUGUAUUUGA